AUGUUUUCCAGCCGCAUGGCCAGGGCCCAAGGCCCAGGGAUGCGCGUUCCGCCGAUCGCCGCGUCCGCCCGUGCUGGCGCACCCUUGACCGCCUCCCGCCCAAGGUGCGCGAGGGUGGCCGCGGGCCGAUCGGUCGCGCGGGCGCAUCGGCACGGCGCUUCGACGCGCGCCUCCGCCUCCGAGACGCCGUGGGUGGCCCUCGGCGAUGCCGUGGCGGACAAAGGCCGGAGCCCGCUGGACGCCCUGCCCCUCCCUGAAGGAGACUGCGGGUUGCCGUUUGUUGGCAACACCCUUGACUUUUUCAACGGGCCGCAGAGCUUUGUGGCUGACCGUGUGAGGAAGUACGGUCAAGUCAGCAAGGCGUCCAUCCUUGGGAGGGACACGGUUAUCGUUGCUGGCAAAGAGCUGCUGCACCAGAUGCUUGUGGAGGAGCGUGGGCUGCUGAUCCAGGAUUACUACGCGGGCCUCAAAGCGCUCUUUGGACCUGCCUCUUUAGGGCUUCUUGACGGCGACGAUCACAAACGGCUGCGACGGCUAUUGGGCCCUUCUUUCUCAAAGGCUGGUCUGAAUGCCCACAUUCCUGAGAUCGCAAAGAUUGCAAGCGACUUUUGCGGGGAAUGGGCAGAAAAGGGAGGAAUUGGGUUCGCGCAUGAGGCCUCGAUGUUCGCUCUCAGCGUCGUUAUGAAGGCGGCAAUUGGUCUCAAAUUCCCUGCUGCGGGACACUCCAUGGCUGACGUGAUUGAAGUGUUCCGUGUAUUUGCUCGUGGAAUCACAUCGCCCGGAAUCAACCUGCCGUUCACCCAUUUUGGCAAGUCCAUGGAGGCACGAAAGAAGCUGGAAGACAUUGUACAAGAGGCGAUUGCCAGCCUCCCUGACGAUCCCCAGGAAGGCGGCUGUCUGGGGGCAAUGAUGUCUGCUCAAGACGAAGACGGGAACGCAUUUUCUAUCGAGGAAAUCCAGGACAACGUUAUCAGCCUUGCGUAUGGGGGGCAUGACACUCCCUCAUCGGUGAUAUCAACGGCAUUGCUGGCUAUAGGAAGGCGCCCACAGAUCUGGAAGAAAAUUGUCGACGAGCAGGCGGAAAUCGUUGCCAGGUUCGGCCCCGAGUUCACGACGGAAGCGGUGGAUGCCAUGGUGUACGCGGAGGCCGUGUUCAGGGAGGCCAUGCGCGUCAUGCCUCCCGGCAUCGCCACGAUGAAGCUGGCCACCAGGACCUUCGAGCUCGAUGGCCGCCGCAUCCCCAAGGGGUGGAGGGUCAUGGGCAGCAUGGCCUCGCCCGAAGAUUUCCAGGACGACAAGUGGCCGAUGAACUGCGAGUUCCGCCCCGAGCGGUUUCUGGCCCACAACGACCCCGGCGCCAUGUCCAGCAUCAUAUUCGGCAUGGGCCCCCACACGUGCAUCGGAAACUACCUGGCGCUGCUGGAGACCAAAAUCCUCCUGGCCACGCUGGCGAGAAGCUACGACUUCACCGUCCUGAACACCUCGCCCGAGCUGAGCUUCAUGCCCAUCGCGAGGCCGAAGGAUGGUCUUCCGAUUGUGGUGACGAGGCGGUCAAACGACUGUUGA